AUGGCUAACUCAGGAAAAGGCACUUUUAAUCCUGACUCGGACGUUCAUAUUUCCUAUGAGGAUCAGCAAAAAAUAAACAAAUUUGCACGACUUAAUGCCAAAGUAGACGACAUUAAAGAUGAACUUAAAGUAAAACAAAAUGAUAUGAAGAAUUUUGAAGAAGCUGUGGAAGAAUUAAGUCUUGCUGAUGAUUCUGAUAAAAUUCCCUACCUCGUUGGAGAAGUAUUUUUUUGCCAAAGUUUGGAAGACACCUUGAAAUCAUUAGAAGUAAAUAAAGCAAAGAAGCAAAAUGAAAUAAAGGAAUUAGAAGCGAAAUGUGAAGAGCUGAAAUCACAAAUGAGUGAAUUAAAAGCACAUUUAUAUGGUAAAUUUGGAAGCCAUAUAAAUUUAGAAAAUGAGGAUGAU